AUGAAUCAGUUAUAGAAACUUCAAACUUAGUAAGAGUCAUUGCUACCAACCAGGCAACCAGCGUACGCAAUCUCCCGGAAACCCUGACCUCACUCGGCGUUGUCCUCCAAAUCCUCUCUCUCUCUCUCUCUCUCUCUUUCUCUCUCUUCUUAGGGUUCGGAGUCACCAAGCUCAGCCAUGGCUUUGCAAACCGGCAUGGGUUUAUCUCGGAUCCUGAUCUUAGUCGGAGCAGGAUACACUAGCACGAUCCUGAUCAAGAACGGUAAAUUCUCGGACUUGCUUGGCGAACUUCAGUCAUUGGUGAAGGGAGUGGAAAAAUCUGGGGAUCAACCAGAUGGCGAUUCUGAUGCCAUCGCGGCCCAGGUGCGACGAUUGGCAAUGGAGGUUCGACAAUUGGCCUCUGCACGGCAUAUUACUGUUCUGAAUGGGAAUAGUGGCCAAAUUGGUAACUUAACAUCUCUUGUAGUUCCAGCUGCUACCUUGGGGGCAUUGGGCUAUGGCUACAUGUGGUGGAAGGGCUUUUCAUUCUCAGAUCUUAUGUAUGUGACAAAGCGUAAUAUGGCUAAUGCUGUUUCAAACUUGACAAAGCAUCUGGAGAAUGUGUCAGAGGCUCUUGCUGCAACAAAGAGGCACUUGACGCAGCGAAUAGCAAACUUGGAUGAUAAAAUGGAAAAGCAGAAUGAGAUGUCCAAGUUAAUUAAGAAUGAUGUUGCUGAAGUUCAAAAAUCUCUUUGUGACAUUGGCUAUGACUUGAAUGACUUACAGAGGCUGGUGGAAGGUUUGGAUGGGAAGAUAGGUACGCUGGAAGGAAAACAGGAUAUUGCUAAUCUUGGUGUUCUGUACCUGUGCAACUUUGUUGAUGGAAAGAAGGGGAUAAUGCCUGAAGUUCUGAAGGAGCAACUUAAAAUUACUGGGAAAUCUCGUAGUUUACUCACAUAUCCAGAAACUCCAAGUCUGAAGGGUCUUAAGGACAUUGCAGACACUUUGGCCGGAGGUAUGGAUAGGUCAGCAUCAGAUGCUAUUGUGCAAGAUGGUGUUGAUAGGUUGGAAGAACAGCCGAGACCCCUGCUGAGGGCGCUGUCUACCAAGUGUUGAGUACAAUAUUCUAAACGAGAUGGUAACCUAUCCAUUAUAUGGCUCUUCUCCAUGUACUCAGCUCAUAGUUAAUUUGGUUUGAUUGUUCAAAGUUUGAUGUACACAACAUCAGUGGUUACUGAUGGGAUGUUCUUUGUUAAUUUCUAUAUGCAUAUAUAUAAGUUUCGAAUACCAGGCA